CUAAUGUCUCAACAACAGUGACUCGAAAUGAAAAAAAAAAAAGCACGACAAACGUUCGUCGUUUGUUUUUACUAAGUUCAGUGGUUUUGCUGUAAAACACGUCAUGUUUAUCUGACGACAUGAUGAUGUUCGUUGUGUGGUUUAUACUUUAUUUGUGUGCGAUGCUAGUAUUAGCUUUGCGCUAAAUUUCCAAUUGUGCUACAAGGCCACCCGGAGGCACUGCACAUGCGCACUAUGACCCCUUAAGUGGCGAUUACCGGUCCGAAAGUGGAUUAGGUUUUUUGACUUUUACCGUGAAUUACGUUACUGUUAAAAUAUCGUUAAAGCAGUUGAAGCGUCAUUUGUGGAAUAUUCUCGAACUAGAGAACUCAAAGAGAAGAUCAUACACGAAGCCCCACAUUUGUACUCUCACCCUGCUGCUAAUACUUGAGUGGCUUUAAAACAGGGAUGGGGGAGACCAGGGCGAUCAUUGAAGAGCUGCUUGCACUCUGUCUUCAGAGAAUCAGCAUUGAGGAAAACUCUCAGAACACUGAGCUGGAGAUGUUGGAGGUGGUGAGGACCUUUGAGGCGGUGAGGAAGCGGUGGCUUCACGCUGAGCUGGAGCUGAAGAAAUACAAGGAGCUGCUGGUGAAGUCAGACGUGGCCAAAGCUGCGCUGGAGGUCAAACUGAAGCACGCUCGAAAUCAGCUGGACGUGGAGAUGAAGAAGCGAUACAAGGUGGAGGCCGACUACCAGUACCUGCAGCGGCAGAUGCAGCUGAUGUGCGACAUCCUGGUCCACGACAGUAAAUCCAGCGCAUGUUUGAACGAGGAGCAAAAAUCACUUCUGGCAACGUUUGAACACCGAGGCGGAGGAAACGUGACGGUGCAGCGCAGCAACAAACGACUCUCGGCCAUCGACGAGUCGUCCUUCCUCUCCCACUCGGACAUCAGCUACGAUCGGACUGAUGACGACCUGGAUCUAAACGCACCCAUGAUGAAACCCCUGAGGUCACGAGCCAGGGAGAGGAGGCGUUCCUCCAUGGGUCCCAUUCUGGGGGUUCCACCAGUGAAACGAGGACGAGGCAGUACCGUGACGUCAGAGCUGACCGAGAGGAAGACCGUGGAGAAGGAGGUGGAGAUGGUGGUGAAGGCCUCAGUGAGGACUCCAGACUUAGGGGCUCAGAGCCACAUGGUUGUAGGCAUCACCCAGCAGGAGACCUUGGAGAGACCAGUCAGGACCGUCAGUCAGGAGUGUGCAGUGUCACUAGGUGGAGCCGAUGAGACGUCAGUGUGGUUUCCUGGAGACGAGACGAUGGACACGAUGGCGGAGCCUGAAAGUGAAGCUGCUGUGGAGCCGAGCGUUGAUGUCAAAGCUCCUCCUGCUGGCAGAGCCGAGAAAAUCCACAAACACGUCUUCGUCUCUAAAACAGUGAUCCGCCCUGAAAUGUGUCAGUCUUGUGGGAAGAGGAUCCGUUUUGGGAAGAUGGCAGUGAAAUGCAGGAACUGUCGCACUGUGGCUCAUCCUGAGUGUAAACUGAAGUUCACCUCCGGCUGCUCUGUGGCCACGCCCACAGGAAGUACAGCACAGGACCAGGUGCCUCAGGACUCUUUGGAGAGGUUUGCUCCAGUGACUCAUCCACGAGUCCCUCGCCUGAUCGCUGACUGUGUGGCUGAGAUCGAGAGGCGGGGCCUGGACGAGAGAGGACUGUACCGAGUCCCUGGAGGUGAGCGUCCAGUGAAGGAGCUCAGAGAACGUUUCCUUCAGGGAAAGACUCCCCUGGUGUUGAGUAAAGUGUCCGACAUCCAUGUGGUCUGUGGACUCCUCAAGGACUUCCUGAGGAAACUGAGGGAACCUCUGAUCACAUUCAGGCUGCACAGGACCUUCAUGGAGGCAUCUGAACUACCUGAUGAGGACAACAGCUCAGCUGUGAUGUUCCAGGCCAUUGCAGAACUUCCCAAAGCCAACAGAGACACACUAGCUUUCCUUAUGCUACACUUACACAAGGUGAUACGAAGUCCUCGCUGUCAGAUGGACCAGAACAAUUUGGCUCGGGUCUUUGGUCCCACCAUCAUUGGUCAUGGCAUGUCUGAACCAUCGCCUAAUACCAUCAUGAGAGACACCAACACUCAGCCCAAGGUUGUUUGUCGUUUUCUGUCGCUCCCUGAAGACUACUGGAGACGUGUCCUCGCUGGAAACACAGAACCAACACCGUCCUCUAACAAGAAGACCCUCAGUCAUGAUGAGGGUCUUGGACCUGAUCGUCUGUUUCAGCCUUUGACGUCACCUGAGAUAAACAGUCAUCAAAGAAGUCAAAACAGUGGGACAGUGAGAGGAAGAAUCAGGAAUAUGGGCAACGCGUUCACCAACACCACUCGAGUUGAACCAGGCAAGAGAUUCUUCACUUCUCCCAGCUGAAGAUCUUGUGUGUGUGUGCGUGUCCCUGUAGUUAUCAGAUAAAUAUAUGAAUUUAAAAUGUGUUCAACUGAAAUGAGCAUCAGAAAACUGUUAAUUUUUAUGUCAGAGAUAAAAUUGACCAUCAACUGCUGUUACUAUUUAAUGGGAAAUAUUUCUUUCUUUUACAACAACAGAUUUUUUUUCUAGGCCUUUCCUCUGCAAGGCACUUUGACCGUAUGUAUUAAAAAUGGUAAAAAAUGUGUAGAAACUUUUUUAUUUUAAUAUACGGGGGUAAAACUAAUAAAAGGUUUAAUUCACAGCACCUUUGUUUGUUUGUUUAGUGUGGCCCUCCACUUCUCUCCCUACAGUCACCCACCAACAGGAGAGGUAAUGUAGAAGCUUCUCACCCAUGUCAAAUACUCUUUAUUUCUGUGUUGUAGUUUUUGUCUUGACAUUAACUUCACUGUUGGCUAACAUUUUUAAUAAUUAUCCAUGUUUUUAACUGGUGUCCACUGGUGUAAAAGUUACAUGAUGAAAUGACAUCACUGGGGAGCUGAAGAUGAAAGGAGAGGAGGGUUGAAGUCCAAAGGACAUGUCUGUCCAGCAGGACAGACAUGUCCUUUUAUCAAAAAAAAAACACCAGCAGGACAGAAAGAGGAAACAUGGAACAGUCAGCUGUGAAACAUUAUGGAAGCUGAUUGCCGUCUAACUCUUAAUGGUGGUAUGAGAACAGGGAGCAGAGACAGAGAGCCAAGGGAAUCAAGAUGUACCGAUUUUAUUCCAGUAGGUGGUAGUAAUGCAAAACUGCAAAUGUAACCACCACCACCACCACCAUCAAGGCAGUUUGGCUAAUCCGAUAAAACACACCACCUGAUUUUGGAAUCGCAAAGGAAAUAGAAAUCCAGAAAAGGCAGUAAUGCAACAUUACGGAUGCAAGUUGUCCAUAAACAAACCAACAACAACCGACCAAGAAGAAGAACCAAGGGUAAAACAAGACCUUGCUGCAACGUCGUGGAUGUCGACUGAUCGUAGGACAUGACAACGAAAAAGACAUGACUAUUUAUGAAGUCCAU